CUGUUUUUUUAAUGCAGCUCCUCACAUUGUUGACACACGUAUAAGAUAUAAAUUUUUUAUUAAUAGCACUGGAUUUUGUUAGUCAAUUUUCAUGACUAAAAUCACAAUAUUAUUUAAAAACGAAUUGACCUGUUGAUUAUUUGAUGUGAUACCUGAUACCAGAUAAGAUAAGUGCUGUGUGGGAUUAGUACUGUCAAUGGUUUGAUUUGAUUUGUUGUGGACGCUACACCCACUGGCCUGCGAGUGUGGGAAAGCUAAUCCUGACUGGGACUCAUGGCUUUGUAAUGCUAAUGAGCUCCUAUAAAUAGAGGAGUGGGACCUUCAUUCCCAACACAACUGACUUGAUUCUCCUCUGAGAAACAUCACUGCUGUUGAAAGAAUGGCUCCAACUUACACUACUGACUACUCCAAUCUUUCCAACAAGGAUAAACAUAAAUUAAGAAAACCUGUCGUUGAGAAAAUGCGCAGAGAUCGCAUCAACAACUGCAUCGAGCAGCUCAAAACAAUGCUGGAGAAGGAGUUUCACCAGCAAGACCCAAACACCAAGCUGGAGAAAGCUGAUAUUCUGGAGAUGACUGUGGUCUUCCUGAAACAGCAGAUGCAGACCAAGACCUCAGCUCCACAGAAAGCUCACAUUGACGGCUAUUCCCAGUGCUGGAGAGAGACCAUGAACUAUCUGUCUGUCAACUCCAAGGUGGACGCCGUCCGUCAACAUCUGAACCGCUGCCAUGAAGCCCAGAGAUCAGCUAAAGAUCUCAAUCUGCUGUCUCCAGUCUCCUAUCAGCCCACAGUGAAGCAGGAACCGUGUGCUCACAAACCUGUCUGGAGACCUUGGUAGACACCAAGCUGAAAGACUUUCACAUUAAAACUAGAUGGUGGUUGACCAUCUCUUAUGUUGUAGGAGAUUUUUCCUUUUAAUUUUAUAUGCAUUUAUUUUUAAAAUGUAUUUAUGGCAGCUACUUCACAUUUUGAAGGAAAUGUUAGUUUGCAAUGCAAAAGUCUUCUGUAUAUGAUGUUGCAGGAGGUAUAUUGUAUCAUCUCUCUUUGUUAUAAGUAAUCUUCACAAUGAAGAGUCAAUUGAUGUGUGUCUGACUCCUAUGGAGUUUGCAAUAUUUGCUUAAUGCUUUAAUGCAUAAUGUUGUGCCUUCUUUUGAAGAAUCUGAGUUUUCACUUGUUAAAAGUGUAUUUAGCAAAUGUUAAAUUAUUACAAAAAUAAUUUAAAUAAACUUAAUGUUGAUUGAUG